AUGGAUUCAAAAGCUGUGGUUGAUCAUGCUCUGUUUCAACUGACCCCAACAAGAACCAGGUGUGAUCUUGUGAUAUUUGCUGGGGAAAAGAGUGAGAAAAUAGCUUCGGGGCUGCUUGAACCUUUCAUUAGCCACUUGAAAACGGCUAAAGAUCAAAUAUCCAAAGGUGGAUAUUCCAUCACUCUCAAGCCGGCCUCCAGCUCUUGUGAUUCUUCUUCUUGGUUCACUAAGGCCACACUCGAGCGGUUUGUGAGGUUUGUGAGUACACCAGAAGUUCUUGAGAGGUUUGUGAGCAUUGAGAGAGAGAUCAUUCAGAUUGAGAGCUCAUUUGAAUCAAAUGAUCAAGCAAAUGGAGCUGAGUUUGAUUUUCUUAAGAUCCAGCCCAAAGUUCAUCAUGACUCGAGUGACGCCGAUGAUGAUGAAAAAAACCCGAAGAUUCGUCUUCACCGUGUUCUGGAAUCCCGAAAGGCGAUGCUGAAGAAAGAGCAAGCAAUGGCUUAUGCUCGUUCGCUCGUGGCCGGUUUUGAGAUGGACUGCUUGUAUGACCUUGUCUCUUUCGGUGAUGCUUUUGGCGCUUACCGUUUAAGGGAAGCAUGUAUAAACUUUAUGGAACUUUGUAAGAAGAAAAACGAGGACAAGAUUUGGAUGGAUGAAGUUGCUGCCAUGCGAGCUUCGUAUUUGGGAUCUUCUGGAAUUGUACUUGCUGCAGAAACUAACAACCUGUCUCAGACAACAUCAGAUUCAAUCACGAGGCUUGGAACUACAGACACGAACGAAGGUACAGAAAAUGGUCUGUCGGUCGAGUUCAACCAGCAACCGCCACAAUUAGCAACAUGGCCACACCACUUACCUCAGUACAUGCAAAAUAGCCAAGCCUCUUUGUUCCAACCGUACCCAGGAUACAUAUUCCCAGGCGGCAUGCCAUGGCCUCCGGAUAGCAGCAGAAGGCACAAAUCCAACAAGAAAAAGGAAAAAUACGCAAAAACGAAAAGCGAAGAAAGCAUGGGAAGUGAUGGAUCAGGCUCGGGAAGCAGUAGUUCUAGUGACGAGAGGGUAAAAACCAAGAAGCAGAGCAAAAAUUCUUCGUCGAAAAAAGUUGUCAUUCGCAACAUAAAUUACAUAGCCCCGGGAAGAAACAAGUCCAAUAGCAAUUCAUCUGAUGAGGAUGAAUAUAUGAGCCCGGAUUUGCUCAAGGAGCAAGUGGAGGCAGCCGUUGGAUCGAUGAGAAGGCAUCAUAAACCGAAAUCUAGCAAAAUGAAGAAUGUUGGCAGUAAGUCAACUGAGAAGGGAGGGGAGUUUGAUUCCGAAGAGGAAAAGAAAGACGGGAAUUGGGAUAUCUUCCAGAACCUUCUCAUGAAGGACUCAAGAUCGAAUACAAUGGAUGUGGGUUCGAAGACUUUGGAUGUUUUUCAAGAAGAUUCUAGCCAGAAGGUUCAUGGAGAAGAAAACUCAUCUUCUUUACACACAAGGGGAAAAUAUGCCAGUGACGAUUUUCUUCUUACCGGAAGCUCAACAGGAAACGGAUUUGGGAAAAAAGAAGAUGAUAGAAGUUUCCAAGGUGGCGAAAGUUUCCAUGGAGUUGUUAAGAGGACGGACAAAGAUGAUGAGUUUUUACUUUCAUCAAGAACAGCAGAAAGAGAGUACUAUCAGGAAAAUGCUCGUCUAGAUAGCACCGAGCCUAUGGUAAUGAAAACAAGGAAAGACGAUGAUUUCGUGAAAUUGGACGUGCACCAAAAUGCAGAAGGAUAUAUUAAUAUGGAUCACAAUAUGUUUUCGGGAGAUCAAGCCAUGGCCAAUAGGAAUAUUCGGACAGGAGAAAACAAAGUAGAUGCCCUAUUGGACGACUCUUUCAUGGUCCAGCCACGAACUUCGGACGGCCCAUCACAAACUCAGCCUAAAGACGACAUUUUCUUGGUUACAGACAUGGUUGGAGGUGAGCAGACGAGUAAUAACGUGCCUGGCAAGUCGGAAGCUAGUCAUAACCAUUACUGUGAACCAGAAGACCUUAAAAUGAUGCUCGGCCAUGAUUCGGUAUGGAGGAACGAAACGGACUAUAAGAAUGAUGUUUUGCUAGUUGAGACGGUUGGGGCUCAUACGAAAGGCGAACCAAGUGAGUUAAACAUAAAAGAGGGUAAAAAUGGAUCAGGAAAAGAAACUGGACGAAAAAUGAGUAAGAAUGAACCAACUUCUAGAACUCCAAGUGGAUCUUUGAGCCGCAGAAAAUCAGAUACACCACCGAGGAGCAAACUAUCGGUUACUGCAAACACAAUGAAUAGAAGCAAAUCUGUAACGGAAGACGAGAAAAGGAAGAGAAUGGAAGAAUUGCUAAUGCAGCGCCAAAAGAGAAUCGCCGAUAGAAGUGCUUCUAAAGGGGUUACUGUUAAACAGUCCGAAACAUCAAAAAGGCCACCAAAAGAAAUCAAGAAAAACAAGUCUGUUUCAUCACCAAAUCCAAAUCCUAAACCUCCUGGCCAAGUUGUCAAGAACAAAAACCCACUUAAACCUGUCAUGAGGAGCUCCUCCACGAACAAGCCGUCGCCAGGUGGACCAAAAACCGAACGUAACAAAAAACUGACUCCAAAUAUAAAGAACUCGCCAAAGGCAACUCAACAACCGAAAAACGUCAUGGCUGAUGUUCAGAAAAAGGAUGGCAAAGGCAUAAAACCAUCAGUUCCCGAGAAGUCAGAAAAAGUGCAAGUCAAUAAUGGCAUUACCGAAGAAGAUGUUGGAGAGGUCAAGAUAUUACACACUGUAACAUCGGUAGAGAAAACGGAAGUAAAUGCAGUUUCCGCUGAAGAUGAUAUGCACGACAAGAACAUCUCAGAAAGAGUUGAGCUGAUGAUUUCACCUCAGGUGGAACAAAAUUAUUCGAAACCGAGCAUGUCAAACACUGGCGAGAGAAAGAAGUUGACAUUUUCGCCCGAGAUCUCCAUUGUGAAUAUUGCUACUACUCCGCCAGAAAGUGAGGAGGCGAUUAUUCAUUCCCGAAAGAAGUGGAACAAUGGCGAAAGCUCGCCUAAGAUACCCAAAGGGUUCAGAAGGCUCCUUUUAUUCGGUCGUAAAACUUGA